CUUGCUCAAAAUGGACGAUGUUUAUGACCAUUUUUGAAAAUUGUGAGAAUGUUUGAGUUCUGUAAACUUUAGAACAUCUAUUAUGUAUUCAAUACAUUUUUUCUACUAUAAACGAGAGACCUCUAUUGUAGAAAAGCUACUUGUCAUUUCGGAUGCUGUAUUCUCUGGAUUGAUAGAGUAAGAUCUGCGUCGAGUUUACUGUGAUGGCCGAUCCAGCGUGGAAAUUAACUCCUCAGGAGGAGAAAGACCUCAAUAAAUUUCAGAAAUUCUUUUCAUUUAAAGUCGUUCAGGUGAUCGUUCAGUCCAGACUUGGGGAGAAAAUCUCCGCGAUCUCAAAACCAAAUGCAAUGGGCUAUGAUUGGUUCAAUCUGGCAAUCACCGACAUCCAUGAAGUUCUAGAAGAGACAAAGAAAGUAAUGGGCAAUAAUAGAUUGCCUUCUGUAGAUAGUCCAUUAUGUGUUGAAGUUUCAUUAAAAACAAACGAGGGCAAUACUAUGGUCUUAGAAACAUGGAAGUUAGGAAUGGAUAGAAAAUGUGAAUAUAGCAACAAGAUAACCUUCACAGUUUACAACAGAAUGGGAAUUUUGCUUCGAUCUCUGAUUGCUGUCACACGGGUUUUACCUGCCUAUAAGAUUGCUCGUAACCAAGGUCAAGAUUAUAUAUUGUGUUACAGAAUUUACUUUGGUCAAAUAAAAAUUUCAGAUUUUGGCGAAAGUUAUCGCAUUGUUUCUGUCGGAAGUAUUGCGACCCCACGCGGAGGAUUGACGCUUUCUGUUGGGUAUAGAACCAAACUCGUCCUACCUCACACCAACAGAUCAACGUCCAACGAUUCCGUCAUGUUACCAGGCAACGACGAGAAUUUACAACUUGUUCCAAAUACAGACUCUGGGAUGCAAUAUCCCGUUGCUAUGACCACUGAAUUGAGGCACCAUAUUGUCAAGGAAAUCGCUAGUGCCGUAGAGGAUACUGAUUUGUCUCGUAGCAACGUUUCACCGCAAACAUUUGAUACAACCGCGAGUUCUAAGCCAUCCGCGACGACUGAACACUCUUCUGCUAGCCAAACUGAACCAGAAAGGGAUAGUUCUACUUGCAACACAAAUAUCGAAAGAACGAGGAAAUUCUCGGAAACCAAAGGUACAACAGAAGCGGCGUUUGUUCGUGACAGAAAGCACGCAUCGCAUGAAGGACUCGUUCCUUUGUCUUCCACGCCACCAUUUGCAAGUCUACUCGUAAAUAAGUCCGACGAGUCGGGUAGUCAACACACCUUGACCGGAAGUACGUCUCAAAGUUCAUCAAAGAAUGUCGGAAACACUGAGUCGAAAAAUGAUACUUUGGUCACAAAUCUUGGACAAAACAACCCCGAGGAUGAUUUUAUCAUGGUCGAAUUGAAAGCCGCGUUUGCGUCAGAUAAUUCGUCGGCAGGACUAACUCGUUUCUAUCGUGAAUGUCAGAAUGCCCCACCACUGCAGUUGUUCCAUCAGUCUUCAGCUCAAUCUGUGCAUGAUGUAUUGGAUACCUUGGGAAAUGAACUUGAUGUUUAUGAGCAGAAUAUAAAGAAUUUCGAUGACUUUAUCGACCAGUUGGAAAAAAAGGAAGACCAACCGAGUGUUAACUAAAUUUCUUUCUAACUUUUUAUUAUUACUUCACGUUGGGACAUCCGCUGUACUAAAUAGUGCUGGCUAAUGUGAUGUGUCUUAAAGUCUUUCAUGUUGUAGAUAAGAUAGUUUAUCAAAGAUUACUUUUAAAACAAGUGUUUUAAGCAUUUUUUAUUGAAUUGAAAUUAAAAUAUUGUUGUGAAAAA